GUAUCCCAUGAAACUCAAGCCAACAACCACCCUUUUAUUUGCAGCUGUUUCUUGAACUACUACUGUUCUUUCAAUAGUUUUCAUUUCACCUCUCAGAAAUGGCUGCGUCUACCAUGGCUCUCUCUUCACCAUCUUUUGCCGGAAAGGCUGUGAAAAUUGCCCCGGAGGUUCUUGGUGGUGGAAGGAUCAGUAUGAGGAAGACCGGCAAGCAAGUCCCAUCUGGAAGCCCAUGGUACGGUCCAGACCGAGUCUUGUAUUUGGGUCCAUUAUCUGGUGAGCCCCCAUCCUACCUCACUGGGCAAUUCCCUGGUGAUUAUGGUUGGGACACUGCUGGGCUUUCAGCUGAUCCAGAAACUUUUGCCAAGAACCGUGAGCUCGAGGUGAUUCACUGCAGAUGGGCCAUGCUUGGAGCUUUGGGUUGCGUCUUCCCAGAGCUUUUGGCCCGCAACGGUGUCAAGUUCGGUGAGGCUGUGUGGUUCAAGGCCGGUGCCCAAAUCUUCAGUGAGGGUGGGCUUGACUACUUGGGCAACCCUAGCUUGAUCCAUGCCCAAAGCAUUCUGGCCAUCUGGGCUUGCCAAGUUAUCUUGAUGGGUGCUGUUGAGGGCUACCGCAUUGCUGGUGGACCGCUCGGGGAGGUCACCGACCCGCUCUACCCCGGUGGAAGCUUCGAUCCAUUGGGCCUAGCUGAUGAUCCAGAGGCUUUUGCAGAGCUCAAGGUGAAGGAGAUCAAGAAUGGAAGACUGGCCAUGUUCUCAAUGUUUGGGUUCUUUGUUCAGGCAAUUGUGACAGGAAAGGGACCAUUGGAGAACCUGGCUGACCACCUUGCUGACCCUGUUGACAACAAUGCAUGGGCUUAUGCCACAAACUAUGUACCAGGAAAGUGAAGAAAACUUUGUACUGUGAGCCCCAUCGAAGAGGUUUUCUCAACUAUUUGAUAGUGAAUUUGAGAGUGUGCCUCGUGUGAUGUAAAAUGUAAAUUAUGUGCACUAUUCACCUGAAUGUUGUUAUAUUUCGUAUUUGUUUUUCAUUUUCUUGUUUUCUUUUCCCUCAAAUGAAUUGGUUGUACUGUUUAAUUUGGAAAAAAAAAAAAAAAAAAACCCCAAAUCAAA